GUGAAGCCGCUCUCCACCGUCUGCGCAGUGCAGGGCCUAGACAAGGUCAUGCUGUCGACAUGUCCGCAUGUCGCGGCUCUUGACCUUCCAUUUCCAGCCACCCGAGGCCGGCGGGCAGUGGCCCCGCCCGCUUUGUUUCUCGUCUCGUCACCGCUCGUGCUGCUCCUGCGUGCCCGCAUCUCAACACCGCUCUCUGCCCGUCUCACUCGUUCUGCGUGCUGCUUGGGGUCUGCGUUCCGACCAUGGAAUGUCCUGCGCACCGCGCUCGUCCCUCGUUUCUGUCGCGCAACACCACAGAAGUGAUUGGCUGAAAACAUAGCCAUGCUCAACAUGGACAUUAGUAGUGAUACCAAAAUCCCCUUGACGGCGAAGACGGUGCGCGCAAUCGCGCGCGCCAGCUUUCAGCAGCCGUUCGACAAGCUCGCCCGCGCCGUGUCCGAGACAAAGUGGCUCGAUUUCGACGUCAACGAUCCCGGGAGCAUUGGUACCGACCGCGCCGUAUACCGUUCUCUUUCGCGCUCCAAGCACAACCGCCUGCUGGUCGUGGGCUACUAUGCGCCGGGCUACGGCGACGAGCGACCAACAGACCGUGUCGCAGCCCACGUCCACACCGACCCUGCCGAGGUCAGGUUUUACCGCAUCAUUGAGGCCAAGGACGGCUCGCGCACACUUGAAGACGUCAAUUCCACGAGCGCCGUCGAUUUUGAUCCGCCAUUCUGCGAUGUAGGCGACGGCCAAGGCGACCACAGGGCAGGGCACAGAGUGACAGCCCUCAUCGAGUGGUUCUUUCUCGACGCCGGGCUUGUGCCAGAGCUUACGCGACCGGAUGGUGAUCCGGGCAAGUUCACCAGAAACUUUCGACAAGCCUGCAUGUGGGUAGGAAAUGACGGCAGCCAACCGGUCGAUGUCUAUCUUCGACGCUCGUCGGGUGUGAACAUAAAAGAGGAAGAAAAGGAAACUAUACCUGUGAGGCCAAAGAGGUCGUCGACCACAUCGGCUAGCUUUCGAAACUCAGCCGUGGACGAGUUCCGACUGCCGCCCAUCAAGCGCUCUGCAACUGAUACCUCGCCAGUCAAACGUCAACGCGAAGAAAACCCUCUGGCCCGGCCAACAAAACAUCGCCGGACUUUGAGCGAGCAGGUCACGCCUUUGACAAUGCACCACCACCUGAUGAAUUCUGGUUCAAAUCCACCCAGUCCUAGGACACCAACCUUGAACGAUGCGGAGCGCAUGAACAGAGCACUUGGUUCCCGAAUCAUUCACCUUCAUGAGCAAUAUCGUACUUUAAGAUCACAUUUCGAGGAGACCGGCAGCAAGCAAGCGGAUCUGAAGACUGAACUCAAGGACAUGAAAGAACGGGUCAUUCACGCCGAAUCUCGCUCUGAAGAGCUGGACCGCGAAGUAAACAGUUUGAGGACAAGACUUCAACAAGCAGAAGAAGAAGCAGCCAAGCUGCGAGCGGAAAUCCUGGCUGGCAGCAAUGGACCAAAUAGUGGAUCCAGCAAUGGGGUAGACAAGAGAGCGACAAGAAGGAGAUGACCAGGCAGUCGCGAACAACAGCCACCCAAUAACAUGUUACAGUUCUUGGAAACGUGUUAUACCCCAAGUCGCGCCCCGGUUACAUCAUAGAAUAGAAGAUUUCGGAAGUUUUCAGUGUGUGUGAAACAUAUGGUUGGACGUCGACACGAGAGCAAGGCAUGGCAUUCAUCAUUCCUGCGGAAUUUGCAUGUACGGAGUUGGGAUUGUCGCAUUCAGCGAGGCGUUAGCGUGCUUCUCCGCUGAUACCACCUACUAUAUCUGGACAUUUUGAGUCCAUGGGAUGGCAGACUUGUUCCGUAUUGAACUC